UGAUAAUUCACAUUCAAACUGGCUUAUUAUAAAGGUUUUCUUUAGCGUCUUGUCAGUCGGUGUGUUUCUCUCAUAAGUAUCCCUGUCAAUGUUUUUGAGUGUGUACGUUUGACACUCGUCUCUUCUCCGUUUCUUUCGCACCUCUCCGGUCCAUCUCUGCCGUUCACCUCCGUCUCCAUCCCUCUCUGAUUGGCUGGAUUUGUUAUUCCUCUUAAAUGGGCUGCUCGCCGAUUGGCUGCGGCCGCCCCUUCGUCACGCGGCUAAAAGGGGUUUUUACUGGAGGUUUCAUCCUGUCAGCGACACAUGUAGAACAACCAGCUAACGGGACCCGCAGACCAGAGCAGAGGACAGUCAAUUACAGCCUCUCUGCCAGCCUCGUUAUAUUCUUCCUUCCUUUCUUUCUGUCUGCCAAAACACGCACUUGUCACGGUUUGAGGACAUUACGGCAUGCGCAGACCUGUAAUUACGUCUCGCAAUGGACUCCUUUUGUUCCAGCGGGGAAAAAAAGAGCUCUGAAGCAGCAACAGCAAAGCGGGAAGCAUCCAGUGGAAAUACUAUCUGAUAACUCCAUUUGCUCGGCUCUCUCUCUCCGCUUGUGGCCGGUGAGCUCAGGUCCUCGCUCAGGUUGGCUGUCCGCGCGGAGCUGGAGGCCGACCACGCGCGAUAGUGUGUCCGCUUUUUUUUUUUUUUUUACCUGUACUUUUUUGGGGGGAGACUGUUGUACCUGUUUACCUGCCUACCUUCAAGUCAUUAACUUCACAGCCAUUACUCUUAAAAGAGGCGAACGAGGGACAAUGGUGAAUCCCGGAGGAAGCAGCCAGCCACCACCGGUGGGCACAGGCUCUCUGUCCUGGAAGCGGUGUGCAGGGUGUGGGGGUAAAAUCGCAGACCGUUUCCUCCUUUACACCAUGGACAGCUACUGGCACAGCCGAUGUCUCAAGUGCUCCUGCUGCCAGGCCCAGCUGGGUGAAAUCGGCACGUCGUGCUACACGAAAAGCGGCAUGAUCCUCUGUAGAAAUGACUAUAUCAGAUUAUUUGGAAACAGCGGAGCUUGCAGUGCUUGUGGUCAGUCCAUUCCAGCCAGUGAACUGGUGAUGAGGGCACAGGGCAACGUGUACCAUCUCAAGUGUUUCACAUGUUCCACCUGCCGGAACCGGCUCGUCCCCGGGGACCGGUUCCACUACAUCAACGGCAGCCUGUUCUGCGAACACGACAGACCCACAGCACUCAUCAACGGCCAUUUGAGUUCACUGCAGACGAACCCACUACUGCCCGACCAGAAGGUGUGUUAGACGGACGACGUGCAGGAAGCAGGAUGUGUGCCUUCAUUUUAGCCCUUACUCAUUGUCACCCGAGACAGCGUGGAUCAGCAGCACCCCGGCCUUUUAGCUGUGCUCCCAGGCCCUUUUGCCCUAAAGGAAUCCUCCACCCAUCUUACCAGUAACCUGACAUUUAUUUCUGCAACCCAUACCCAACGCUCAGCCUUCAACCUUGGCUUUUCCCCAAAUAUGGGUGGAUACUUGCACUUAAUGCACCUGAAUCGGGAAGCUGAGGACUCCAUGACCUUGGAAUAACAAAGGAGACCGAUCAGAAUCCAAGGGACUCUUCAGGAAGAGAAAAUUAAAUAACACACAGAGGAUGUUGUGACUGAAGUGAGGGAAAGAGAGAAAAAAAAAAGACUAAUGAGGUUUAAGAGAUGCAGGCUUUUCAACGCUGCAUAUUUGUUUAAAGACAUUUUGGGGAAAAACCAGGACCUUUUUCAUUUUUCCUCUCUUCCUUUUCUAUCCUCAUUUCCCAACAACAUGGUGUUUCCACUUUAUAUAUUUUAGGUGUUGUCAAAGGGGAAUGUGUUUUUUUUUUUUUUUUUUUCUUUCUUUGGUGGUAUAUAUUAAAAAAAUGGGGUUUUAAAAAAAAAAUCUGUGGCUUUUUGUGGAAAACAAAUCAUGAACACACUCUUGGUGUAUUUGUAAAACUACCAUGUAUGUACAGUAUGCAUGUAAAUGUCGUUGUCCAGGCGUGGCUACAGUACAUUCAACCCUCCGCACUCAGCUCCAGUCCUCCCUCCUCCCCCCCCCUUUCAAACCUGAACCCAUGGCAAACUGAAGAAAUUUGCUCAUAGUCAGUAAUGUAGAGAUCAUCACCAACAUAUAAAUGCUGAAUGAAAGAGAAAUUUAUUUGUGAUAUUUUCCGAGACAUUUGCUCCAGUAUGGUGUAUUUAAUUAAUAAAAAUAUUGAAGAUUUAAAA